AUGGGGCUGUGGGGUGCGCUGGAGGCCUGGCGGCCUGGCAGGGAGAGGAGGAUGCUGAGGCCUGGGGUACAGGAAGACGUUACAGCUGUGCUCCACAGGUCCUGGAGUGGGGAUGUCACAGGGAUGCUUUUCCCUCAUUCCCGAGGAAGCGGGCAGCAGUCAGUGACAGGAGUUGAAGCUUCAGAUGAUGCUAACAGUUACUGGCGGAUUCGUGGGAAGAGUGAUGGCAGUUGCCAACGUGGGACACCAGUGAAAUGCGGGCAAGCUAUACGACUUACCCAUGUGAACACAGGGAAAAAUUUACACACUCAUCACUUCCCAUCACCGCUCUCCAAUAACCAAGAAGUGAGUGCCUUUGGUGAUGAUGGCGAAGGAGAUGACCUCGAUAUCUGGAUUGUGCAAUGCAGUGGGACUUACUGGGAGCGGGAGGAUGCAGUGCGCUUCAAGCACGUAGGAACUGAGGUGUUCCUUUCAAUAACGGGGGAACAGUAUGGCCAUCCCAUUAGAGGCCAGCGGGAAGUUCAUGGCAUGCCUACUGCUAAUCAUCACAACUAUUGGAAAGCGAUGGAAGGAGUCUUCGUCAAACCCAGUGUGGACCCUGCAAAACAUGAUGAGCUCUGAAUUGACAGAGGAUCCAAAAUGCUUCAGCUUACUCCGGUGUUUGGAGAUACUAGUCCUUGGUCUCUUAUAAGUUCCACCUUGCAUAAGUGACUGACUUUCUGUAUUACCGAAGGGCAUUAGUUCAUUCUAGGAAUGCAGCACUUCUGUGGGAAAUGGCAUAUGCCACGUUCAGCCAUUGAAAUUUGUUUGGCAAAAUUCCUUCUGAAUUUUCAAGCUCAAUUGAUGAAACUAGUUUAUACGUCUGUUAGUUUUUGUUGUCAUUUGUUUUGCAUAUUACUUUUUCUCGAAUUUAAAGGAAAUGGAAAAACUGAAGUAAUACGUUUCUGUAGUCCCAAGUACAAUAAAACUUUGUAUUUUGUAAUCUUUUUCCAAUUAUAAUUAAAUAUUUGGAAACUGA